GAAUUUCUCUUGUAAGCAGUAGAUCAGAGCAACAAUUUUUCAUUGCUAAACUGACCAUUAAAUUCACAAUGGGAAGCCUUAUGUAGAUUUUUUGAUGCCGCCUAUUGAAGUUUUAAUGGAAUCAUUAAGUGUUCGUGGUAGUCUGUAUGGAGUCCUUUGUGUUUCUUUAAAUUACACAAUCAAAUCUGUUACAUUUCAAGAGUUAAAUUGCAUGUUUGCAAUCUGAAAUUGGCAUUUUUACAAUAAAUCAAUCAAAUAAUGUUUUGCUCAAGCCCCUCGAAGAAGAUAAAUAGAAAUCUUUGCACACAAAAAAAAAACAAAAGUUGGAAACAGUUUGUUUAAACAGGAUGGUGCAACCGAAUACCUAUCGAACAAAUUUUUCAGGAAAUUUUCCCGAUAGGUGUUCUCACACGAGUAGGAUGUUGGGCGAGGGUGCACCAUCCUGUUGAAUCCAAGAGAGUUGCCAACUUUUGUUUUUAUGUGCCGCACAUCGUUGUAUUUGUAAUAAAGAAUGUGACUAUACAGUAUGUACUUUUUUGCAGCACAGUUGGUGAUGAUUUCUCCAAAACAAAACAUUGUAUGGAAAAUUUUUCAUAGGUGUCUUCUAGAGCUCUAGAGUUUCCACCCUGUAUCUCAGAAACAAAAGUAGCUAGCUAGAUUGAUUCUGUUUGUGGUACUAAAACUUUCACAAAACAGUGGCAAAGGUGUGCGGAAGUCUCUAUCUUUAAAAACAGCUACUGCAUAAUAUAGGACACACUGUACAUUUCCACCAUAGAAUUUCUGGAUGAAGUUCCUUGGUCCUAAUAAUGCAAAUUUUAAGAAAUGCAUGUUUUGUUUUAGUUACUAAUUAAAAUAAAACAUAAUUCUAAGUAUGUGUAGCAACAAAUGGUGGCCAUUUUACCUCAUACUGUACUGUGUGGCAACGAAUUCAUUUAAACAAAAAAACAUUUUUGGUGCGUUAACUAUCUUUAUGUGACCUCUCGGAGAUAGUACAUGCUGAAAGUUGGACCUUUUUGCUUCCAUUGUUGUUCGGUGUUUGUAUUGGAUACUUUUUUAAGAUUCAGCGUUACGCCUAGUUGAGGGUACCUAAUUUUUGCACUGGAUUCUGUUGCAAAUAAAUCACUAACUGUUUCACAAAUUUUAUUUUUUAUAUGAAAAUGAAGAUGUCGUCUGCAUAACGAUAACCUUCCCUUAUAGUGCAAGUAGUAACCACAUUUUUUCCUUGAAUGUCUUACAUGUUAGGCAACUGAGAACGUUUUUUAUAUUCAUAUUUCAUCAUGUUUAUUGUCUGAUUAUCUCAACGAGUUUUCCUGGAAGAAUAAACAUUUGUUUUCUUUUUUGCAACAUUUUUUACUGUAAACGCUUUAUCUGUACACAAUUUCCUCUUUAUUCAGCAAAUUUCCAAUCAAACCAUGAAGAGCAAUAGGUAAAUCAGAUGUAGGUGUAAUAUAGGCUUCAGGAGUCCUAAACUACCAAUAUAUGGCGGACGGUGAUUACUGUAUUUUCAUUGUUUUUGCACUACACGCCCAGGUUCUGUCCGGCUUUCUGAUAGGUGGUAUAGUUGUUUGUGGUCGUUUAAACUUUUUAGUUGCUUUCGAGAUUGACUGAUAGUCCCUAGAUAGGAAAGUUAUAUAUAGUUUGGAAAUUGAAUCUGUUACAAUGUUCUAUUCUUAUUAUUUCGUGUUCUAUGCCAUCUAUUCCUUGCUCUUUGUUUUUCCGUUAUGAGUUCUCUGAUGUAUAAUGGGAUAGUAUAAGUUUGUUUAAUUUCAUCUGCCGGUACUUUAUGGUUGAGUAGCCCUUUGGCGUUUCAAAGGCGUUUCUGCUUUUGGCGCAACGAGCAAAAUUUGACAAGUAAAAAGUACAGAGUCUAGGUUGGACCCUUAAGGAACGCCUCGGGUCUCAUUGAGCUUUUGUGAUAAACAUUGUAUUUAUACGUGUUAUCAGAGUGUUAAUUCGAUUGUAAAAUUUAUUACGACUGCGUCAAUGAGAUGCUGAAAUGAUUGUCUAUAAAAUUACUGCGUUUAGCUAAAUCAGUUGUAUUUCAAUAGUUUCUUUUCGAUCAUUAGAGGUGAAGGUGUAAUCAAUAUAACUAUAAUAGAAUUGUUAAUGAUGAGUGAAAUUUGUGUUGAGAGCGUAAAUUCCAAUGGACAUUCCACAAAUAAAGUAAAGAUGAAAUCAGAUGAAAAACGCCCUCUAUUAGAUAACGAAUCGCAGAGCGAUUCCACAGAGGUACAGAAUGACGACACAGUUCUCGAUCUGUCGAAGCCAAUCAAUACCGCCGGCUCGACGAAGGUUGCAGAUUACAACCCAAUUUUGAACAGGGACUUGGAGCAUCCGACGUCGAACUUCGACACGAUGAUACAUCUUCUGAAGGGAAAUAUCGGCACAGGAAUUUUAGCCAUGCCCGACGCAUUCCGUAAUUCAGGUUGGCUUGUCGGUAUAAUAGGUAUAUUGUUUAUGGGAGCAAUUUGUACGCAUUGCAUGCACAUGCUGGUCGAAUGCGCGCACGAGUUGUGUCGAAGGACUCAGUUGCCAUUUUUGAGUUUUGCCGAAGUUGCGGAGCUCGCCUUUGAAACGGGUUCGGAGACUUCGAAGAAAUACGCUAAAGUGGCUAAAUCGGUGAUUAACGUAUUCGUGUGCGUAACCCAAAUUGGUUUCUGCUGUGUUUACUUUGUAUUCGUCGCCGCGAAUCUACACGACAUCGUUAAGCACUACUUUGUAGACAUAAACGUGCAUUGGUACCUGUUUAUAAUCCUAUUUCCGAUGGUCUUUAUAAAUUGGGUUAAGAAUCUUAAAUAUCUCACACCGGUCUCAUUAUUUGCCGCCAUUCUAACAGUGAGCGGGUUAAUUAUUACAUUCGUUUACGUGCUGCAAGACUUGCCUAAAAUUGAAACCAUAAACGCAGUCUCGACAUGGGUACAGUUACCGCUAUUUUUCGGUACCGCAAUUUAUGCGUUCGAAGGAAUUGGAAUGGUAUUGCCUUUGGAGAAUAACAUGAAGACUCCCCAAGAUUUCGGAGGGUGGACCGGGGUCCUUAACACCGGUAUGGUUAUUGUGGCCUGCCUCUAUACUGCAGUCGGAUUCUUCGGUUACUUAAAAUAUGGCGACAUAGCGAAGUUGGGUAGUAUUACCCUUUAUUUGCCACCAGAAGAAAUUUUGGCACAAUCUGUUCGACUCAUGAUGGCGGUUGCAAUAUUUCUAUCUUAUUGUUUACAAUUUUAUGUUCCUUUCAAUGUAAUUUGGCCACCACUUCGAGGGAAACUACCAACUGAGAAGUGGCGGUACUAUGGCGAAUACGCGUGCCGAACUGUUCUAGUCAUUAUCACUUUCUUACUUGCAACUGCUAUACCUAAUAUCGGUUCUGUUAUAUCGUUAGUGGGGGCAGUUAGUAGUUCAGCUUUAGCACUCAUAUUUCCACCUCUCAUUGAAAUUGUAACUUUUUAUCCGAAUAAAUUAGGCAAAAAUAAUUGGAUUUUGUGGAAGGAUAUAUUUAUAAUGUUGUUCGGAUUUGUCGGAUUUUUGUUUGGAUCUUAUGUUAGUAUAUUGAAUAUAGUCUAUCCCGAGGCAUAGUGCAAUUUAUAUUUGUAAGUAAAUGUGAUCUCGACAAUAAUUUCUAGUGACGAUGGUUUUUAAUGUGAUGUUUUGACAAAGUCAGUAUUUUAUUUUUAAUUUUUAUAAAUUUUAUUAAGUUAUUGUUUGCGAUGUUUACAUAUCUUGUUAAUAGCUUUUUAAAAAGUAACAUAUAUUAUAUAUACAACAUAUUUUAUCACCGUUUAUUUUUCUAUAUCUGUAGCAAAAUACCAAAUACAUUGUAUGCAAUAAA